AUGGCUUUCAGCUUCGCGAACCAAGGAAAUACCAUGUCGGGGAGCACGGCUGGAGGAGGAGGACUGAAUCAAGGCCCCGAGCUGGAGGUGAUCCAGACCGAGGCGCUUGGUUUCAAGUCGAUUGCAGGCGAUGCAAAGCUCCGACUCACAUCCAUCUGGUCCCCACCGCCCGCCGAUACGGCUUCGCUAAUCAGCAUCGCCUCCCGCCGAGGUCUCGUCGCCGCUGCCGGACCUGACGGUAUCACGAUCACCUCGACCGACUCCGUGCGCAAAGGCUUUGAGGGCGAGAAGGAGGGCGACUCCGAUGUCCGCACGUUCCAGCCGCAGGGCAAGCUGCCCAUGUCUAUGAGGGUGUCGCAGCUCGCCUUCAGCGCCGAUGAGAACUACCUGAUCCUCUCCGCCGAGAGCGGAGGCGGUCUCGCGGUUUAUGAGGUGGAAAGCCUGCUUCAGGGUGGCACGAAAGCUGCGUUUGAGCUUGCAACGAACGGCGAGACGCUGAGGGCGCUCUUCCCGAACCCCACGAUCGAGAAAGCGGAGCUAUGCGCCAUUGUGACGAAUAACGGAAACCUGCACAUGGCGAACCUGAAGGACAGGCAAGUCAGCAACUCUCUGAAAGCACAGGUUAGCUGUAUAAGCUGGAGUACGAAGGGAAAGCAGCUGGUGGCAGGCUUGGCGGACGGAACCAUCUUCCAGAUGACUCCCGAGGGUGAAGCGAAGGGCGAGAUUCCGCGGCCACCAAAUGUGUCGAAUGCUCACGUAUCUUCUCUGAUUUGGUUGGAGAACCAUCUCUUCCUCGCCAUCCACACAUCAACUUCGGAGUCCCCACCAAGUUCAGUAUACCACAUCAUUACAAGAAAGUUGCCAUCAGAUUUCGCUUUCCAGAAGUUGAGCGACCCUGUCGACCCAUUUGGUGCCGAAAAAGCGCCUCAUCACUCAAUAUUGAGGCUUAAGGAAUUCCCUCCCAACCUUCAAGAUCUUCUAAUCGUAGCAUCAACCGUCUCCCCAGACAUCGGCCUACUCAGCAGGGCGAAAUCAGCCCUGACUUCUGAUCAUCCAGUCGAUACCGCCGGAGUCUUUACCACAACAGAACUAGCUGAUGACUCAAAACGUGCUUCUCUACCAAUGAAUGACAGCUUUGAAAACACCAUCCCCAUCGGAGUCGUCCUUGAUCUCUCGGCCAAGGACAAGGUGUACAAGCCCUUGCCUGCCGAUGAGGAGAUUGAGGAUUCUCCGGGCCCGGUACCAGGCUUGUGGGUGCUGAACAACGAGGGUGUGCUCAGUUCAUGGUGGAUUAUCUACGAGGACUCCAUCAGGCAGGGCACAACAUAUCCUGGCAUGGCCGCACUCGAUACUUCUGCGCCACCAGUAGCAGCAUCCACCUUGACUCCAGCAGCAGCACCGGCGAUGGCUCCGGCCUCGACUCCAUCGGCAUUUGGCACUCCUUCAAGCACCCCAGCCUUCGGCUCGACAUCCGCCUUGGCUUCGGCCCAAAAGCCAUCACCCUUCGGCUCGAGUGGAUCCAAGAUCCCUACCUUUGGUGGCUCCUCGACGUUGGGUUCAAAGGCUUCACCGUGGGGCGCUGCGACGUCAUCUCCCUCCAACACCCCGGCGGCCUCUGGUUCUGCCUUUGGCAACGGAAGCCCCUUUGGUGGCAGCUCGGCUACAUCUGGCUCAGCUUUUGGUCAGCCGCCCGCGACAAAAUCAGCAUUUGGUACAGGCGGCGCUUUUGGAAGCACUUCUGGCACUACAUCGGCUGCACCCAAGUCGGCGUUUGGCAGCGGCAGCGCCUUCGGGACCCCAUCUGCUUCUACGCCAGGCCCUGCAUUUGGGCAGCCCUCUUCAGUCGGUUUUGGUCAGUCGUCUUCGCUCGGUCAGAAGUCAUCCCCAUGGGCGUCAGGUGGAGCAUCUGCGUCAAAUACAUCUGCGUCACCAGCAUUCGGACAGUCUAGCUUCGCUAGCCUUGGAACAUCUGAGAACAAGAGUGUGUUCGGUAGUGGAUCGGCAGCCAAACCUGCACCUGCGUCUGGGGGGUUCUCUAGUUUUGCUAGCUCUGGUGGCUUUGCUUCUCUUGGGAAUAAGACCAGCGAGGGCGGCAGUGUUUUCUCCAGCAAGCCUUCAUCCAGCCCAUUCGGCUCAGGGGGUCGACUGGGAACGACUUCUAAGGAUACUGCAUUCCCACCCCCGAGCUCGACUGGCCCUGCGACUAGCAAUCCAUUCGGUCAGCCUUUCAAGUUAGGAACCACUUUCAAGGCAGACCCCUCUGCCAAGGACGAAGACGAAAAACCGUCGACUCCAGGCGGCUCCUCUCUGUUCGGCAGCAACUUCGGUUCCGCGCUCGGAAGCGCAGUGACCAAGACCCCCCCCAAGGAACAGACCAUGGAAUCAAAUGAAGAGACUCCAAAACCCAAAUCAGUCUUUAGUCUUGGCCAAUCCACGACGCCCAAGGAAACUCCAGCGCCUUCCAAGUUUGGCUUCCCACCAACUUCAACAUCAGCCCCCAAGAGUGGCUUAUUUGGAUUCCCUUCGCAGCCAGCGACAGGAGGUUUAUUCGGUUCCGCGAAGCCCGCGGAGAAGACACAGGACAUCAGCAUCGAGCCCAACACUCCUCUACCCCCUGAUGCGACAAGCAAGAACUCAUAUCCUCUCGGUGAUUCCUCGUCCUCCUCGGGCACAGGAAAUGUUCCCUCAGACGGUGGAAGUAAGGCUUCACCUCAAGUGGAUAAUGCGCCUCUGCCUCCUGACUUCCUGACUACGCCAAAGGCAAUGUCAACGAAGGCAGCCGAAGCUGCUCCGCUACCUCCGGAUUUUCUCAAGCCUUCAAAGCCACAGGGAAGUACUACCCCAGUCGGCGAAGCGCCUCUCCCACCCGACUUCCUUACGCCCAAACCCGGCAAAAACACAAUGUCCGCUACACCCUCGGCCGCCCUUCCUUUGCCAGCAGACGACCUCUCCUCCCCCGAGGAGCUUGAACGACCGAAAUCGACUGCGCCUGCUGCGGCUCCUGACUUCCUGAAGAUGCCCAAGCAAUCCUUGUCGUCGGCAACGUGGUCGUCUACCCCCCAAAACACCACGCCUGCGGUGAAUGAUGCACCGUUGCCGCCGGACUUUCUUGCCAAGCCCAGGGAGAAUAACCUUCCUCCCAUUCCGACCGUGCCUGACAGCGAGCAUGACACCGAUCUUGAAGACGAGGACGAAGAUGAUGAGUCCGAGGGCAGCGGCGUUAUUGUCUCCAAGGACCAAAGCCCUUCCAUUACGGCGAUGACCCCUACGGCGGGCAUGACCCCGCAAAGCUCAUUUGGUGGUAUGAGUAGCAGCACCUAUUCGGUCCCACGCACAGAGGAAGAGAGACCGCGGGCAUCAUUGUUUGGCGACCUGAGCCGCAAUGCUCCCAUGUUCCCCAGACCGUCGCAAACAAGCCCUCGUUCUCCCAGCCCAGUCCGUGGCGCUGUGCCAGGCCGUAUACUACGCCAGGAGUCUGCUCGUUCGGUUAGUGCUCCGGGUAUGGCAUCCCAGAUUCUCGCAGCCCAGAAAAAGCAGCCGUCACAACUGGGUUCAUCGAUUGUAGGGAACAAGUCCAAUGAUGAUCCCUUUAUUGCGCAGCAGAGACUUGCUCGUCAAAGGCGGCAGGCCGAGGAGACCAAGACGCUGGAAGAUGAGGAGGACGACGAGAUCCAAAAGAUCCUUGCGUCCAAGAUCGAACCUACACUGAAGCUGGAUGACUUCAUCGCCCACUCUAACGUUGUGCCGUCGGCUAAGGAAACCAUCCCUGCCCAGGUGGAGGCAGUAUAUCGCGACAUCAACUCGAUGAUUGACACCCUUGGCCUGAAUGCUCGCUCCCUUGCCAGCUUCCUGAUGGGCCACGAUAUUGGAUUCCAAGCCGGUGGCCGACGCAAGGAAGACCUCGAGACCCCAGACAGCUGGGUUCUCUCCGAGAUUGAUGAGCUCGGAGAAGUCAUUGACAGAUCUUUGGCUCAGGACCUCGAGGAUGGGCGUGUUCAUGAUGUUGAAGAGAAGCUUGAGGCGUGCAAUGAGCUCGCCCGUGAGAUGUCUCGUCUCCGAUCAAAGCAAGACGACCUUAAGAAGAUCAUUAUGGUGAAGACCGACCCCGAUCAGGCCGACAUCAGCCGUUCUCUGCCUCUGAGUACCGAGCAGGCAAGUCAGCAGAACGAGUUACGUCGCGAAUACACCAACUUCACCAAGCUUCUGGCCGAGGCCGAGGAGGCCUUGACAAUUCUGAAGACAAGAAUUGCAGCCGCGAGUAGCGCGUCUGGAAAGGGCAAUUCCAACAUGCCUACUGUUGAGGCCGUCAUGCGCACCAUUGGCAAGAUGACCAGCAUGGUAGAGAAGCGAUCCGGCGAUAUCGACGUUCUCGAGAACCAGAUGCGCAAGCUCCGCUUCUCGUCGGUUAACAGCCGCGAAGGCUCACCAAUGGUCACUCCUCAAAGGAACAGUCGAUCCAUACUGUUCUCGCCCGACCGGCUUGCCGCCACGGCGUCGCCCGGCACCUUACGUAACUCGUUGGUGUCCUCUGUGGCUUCGUACGGCGGUCGCGGCACGCCCCCACGCAAGAAGCUGAGCGGAUUUAGCGGGGAGGAGAAGUCGGAGCUGAUGGCGAAGAGGGCCAAGCGUCAGGCCGUAUUGAACAAGCUCAAGGCUAACGUCGAGAGGGCAGGCGUGAACGCGUGGGCGAUGGAGGAUAUUGAAUGA